CCCUCUUCUUACCUCUCUUUACUCCUUCACUAGUAAUUGAUUUCCAGAAUGGCUCUAAUUCAGGCUAUUGUUGGCACGCUGCUGCUAGGAUCUGUGCUGGCAUUUACCCCAGAGCAGAUGCUCGCAGCACCCAGACGAAGCACUGCGAAUGUCAAUCCCAGUGGAGAAUGGGCUCUCUUUACAUCCACUAGCUACAACUGGACGACUCACAAACCCUCAACCAAGUGGCAGCUCAUGAACGUUGACAGCGGCGACAUCACUGCUGCUCCUUUCGAUUCUGGCAUUUCCGAAGUUGUAUGGGUCGGCCCCUCCAACACGAGUAUUCUCUAUAUCAAUGGCACGAACGACGAAAUUCCCGGCGGUGUGACCUUGUACACCGCCGAUAUUGGAGCUAGCAACUUUUCACCCACUCUGGUCGCGUCCCUCGGCGCACCCUUCCAAGGCCUCAAAGCUGUCAAUACUGACUCUGGCGCCAUCAAAUUCAUCGUAAACUGCCUCGCCUACGCGAACAAUGGGUCUGCCUACAAUCCUGACCUCGCCAGCAAAUCACGGAGCACAGGGCAACUGUACGACGCCAAUUUCGUCCGCCACUGGGAUGUCUACCUUACAGCCGAACGUUAUGCCAUAUUUAGCGGUAUUCUCUCAUCCGGGUAUGGUGGGUCGUACACCUUUGACGGGACCAUAAAAAAUCUUCUUUGGGGUAUGCAGGCACCCGUCACUCGACCAGAAUCUCCGGUCCAGCCAUUUGGUGACCAAGGCGACUACGAUCUCUCUCCGGACGGCAACACUGUAGCUUUUCUCACCAAAGCACCGGAACUCCCAAAAGCUAACUAUACGGCGAGCUACAUCUACCUUGUUCCCCAUGAUGCUUCCCUCACCGCAGACCGAAUCAAUGGUCCUGACACGACCGCGCCUGACACCGCAAAGGGCGCUUCUGCAUCACCAAGAUGGUCUCCGGAUGGGAAGAAAGUUGCAUAUUGCCAGCAAGACGGCAUUGCCUACGAAUCCGACCGCUUCAAGUGCUACUUCGCUGAGAUUACUGGCUUGCACGCAAAUGUGAUUCCUGUAGCUGAGGACUGGGACUCCAGCCCAGCAUUUUUGCAAUGGAGUCUGGAUAGCGAGAAUCUGAUCAUUGCGUCCGAGCUUCAUGCUUCAGUGCGACUCUGGACUAUCCCAAUAUAUGCGAAAUCUUCCUACCAACCGACAAAUUUUACAGGCCCCGAAACUACGAUAUCUGACUUCGCCGUGUUGCCAGGCGGCUCAUUUUUUGUUUCUUCGGCAUCGAGCUGGACUAGCAGGAUGUUCUAUACCAUCAAACCCGGAGAGAAGCCGAAUGUGCUCUUCACGGCAAAUGAAGCUGAUCCAGAGCUCGCAGGUCUUGGGCCAAAAGAUGUGUCUAAUUUCUGGUAUGAAGGUGGCGAUGGCGACAUGAUCCAAUGUUUCGUAUUCUAUCCGACAAACUUCAACCCUGACAAGUCGUAUCCACUGGUAUUCAACGUGCACGGUGGUCCACAGAGCUCCCAGGGCGACAGUUGGAGCACACGGUGGAAUCUGCGCAUGUGGGCUGAUCAGGGAUAUAUCGUCACAUCUCCACAAUUCACCGGGACUCCUAGCUACAGCCAGAGAUUCACCGAUGCUAUCCAGGGUAACUGGGGCGGGACACCGUACCGAGACCUCGAGAAACUGUACGAGUAUCUGGAAGCCAAUGUCAGCUACGUUAACACUUCAAACGCGGUAGCUGUCGGUGCUAGUUACGGUGGCUUCAUGAUGAAUUGGAUCCAAGGCCAACCCCUCGGCCGCAAAUUCCGCGCCCUCGUAACCCACGACGGCAAGCUCUCGCAAGAAUCCUCUUACGGCACCGACGAACUCUGGUUCAUCCAACAAGACCAAAACGGCACUAUAUGGGAUAAUCGCGACAACUACGAACGUUACGACCCCCUCUUCCACGCCAAGAACUUUAGCACUCCGCAUUUUGUAGUCCACAAUGAUUUGGACUAUAGGCUGCCGAUUGCGGAGGGCGUUAUGAUGUUUAAUGUAUUACAGAGUUUAGGGGUUCCGAGCAGGUUUUUGCAUUUUCCGGAUGAGGGCCAUUGGGUGCUAAGUAGGGAGAAUAGUUUGGUUUGGCAUAGGGCAAUUUUUAAUUGGAUUAGGUAUUGGACUGGGAUGGAGAAGGAUUUGUUGAUGGACAUUGUGAUUACGCAGUAAUGGCGGGUGGUGAGGGAUUGGGCGCAUUUGAUGCAGGCUUGGCUGAGGGAUAGAAAUGUCAAAUAAUAUUUGGUAAUGGGUAGAUGGGCGGGCUCAUAGUCGGUGAGGCCUCACAUUUCAUGUUGCUAUGUCAAUUGUUAG